AAAAGCAGGUCAGUCACUUCUAACUGUCCUCCAAGGAAGAGCGCCGGUUCGUCACCGCGGACCGCUGCUGGGUCCUCUGAACCUUUGGCAUGAACCUUCGGAAAGUUCUCAAGUGGAGAUGGGGCGAACUUGAUUGGAGUUGUGCAGAAAGAAGGCAGAUGUGUAUGCUUUUCGUGCUGACAGCGUGGCCGGGGGCCAAGUGAAGCUGGACAGGUCAUGGUCUGUCGACCGGGGUUCCUUUGUCGCCGGCGCUUUUGCCCCCGACCUUUCCUGGUGGGUUUGGUGGUGGCGAUCUGUCUCUUUUACCAGACCCUAACACUCCGAGGGACUAAAAAGCUUGCGGCGGAGGCCCCCGUCCUGCACACGCCCUCUCAAACUCCGGCUGGCAGAUGCGAGGAAGGACACCCGCGGGACAAACGGUGCUUCCUCCUCUCCACGAACGCCCAGGAGAUCAGGAAGAUUGAAGACUUGAUUGAGACGCACUUCGGCAGUGGACAUAGAAGGGCUGUCCUCCGACGACCUCCUUCCUACAGGAGAGCAGGGCUUCAGGCUCACCAGCACCUUCUCGCUCAGCACGGCUACAGUGUCGUCACUGUUGAAGAAAGACUUGGAGGUGGUCUAGGUCUGGAGCUGCGGGACCAAGGUGACUUGAACUCCUGGGAUCUGCUUAUUUGCCUGCCUUCUGGGGAAGCUGGUGGGAAACCCUGCCUGCCCAGGGAGCUCAUGUGUCAGCUCAGUCUACACCAGAAGGUAAAUGUAUUACCAGAAAUACAGCCCCAGCUUUGCAGGAAAGAGGGCUUGUGUCGGAUAAUCAGAAGAUUUCCAGAAUUGCAACUUCCAGUGAGUCCCUCUGUGUGCCAGGAUCAGGGGACCCGGUCACAGUGGAGUGCUUCCAGCCAUGGCUCGGAAGCGGCGAAGCCACACCUACGGAAACCGGGGGACUGGCGACUCGAACAGUUGAAUCAGACUACCGUCCUUGCUCCGCGUGAAGCAAUCUUCAGAGCAGAAGAGCUAUCCGUGAUUCUUAAAGCCUAUGUGUUGGUUACCUCCUUAAGGCCAUUGCGUGCGUUCAUCCAUUCAACUGGCACCGUAUGGAGCCUACCAAAGAGGAAACGUUUCACUGUCAAGCUGCAGAUGUUUUUUGAGACAUUCCUAAGGACCAGUUCACCUCUGCUGGCACUGGACAACAUGAAGGAAGCAAUUAGCAAGCUCCUCUUGGUGGCGGAGGUGUUCAGUGAAGAGGCUUCUACUCUGGGACCAAAGACUCUCCAUAGAUGUAGACAGUGUUUUCAGCUUUUAACGUUUGAUGUUGGCUAUGGAGAGCUGGGGUAUCCUGUGGUGCUCCAGGUACACGAGCAUUUAAAAGUUCAAGAUGAUGAGAAUUUCAGUUUGGAGGACCAAAAUACAGAAAACAUUAUUCUAACAGAUACUUUCAGCUUCCUCUUCUCCAAUGCAUCUUCACUUUCCACAUUUUCUGAGAUAUUGCAGAGGCUUUAUAGACCAGGGACAUUUGAGGAAGGAAACUAUCAGAAGGUGUUAAAUCAGUGCCUGUCACUAGAGGAAAUUCACUCAAUUACGACUUUCGCAAAGGAACUUGGGAGUCUGGGACAAUUCCAACUGCUCUUCCCAUCCACCGUUCCUGGCAUCCAGUCUCUGAUGCGUGAAUUUUAUGAUAUGGUAGCUCCUGGCUCAGUCCUGUCCCAAUACUGGUCUCUCUUAAAUGUAUUUGAACGAUUUUGGCUCAUGAAUAAAAAGGCACAGCUACAUCCCCUGGAAUGGAAUUCUUCAACAAGAAAGGAGACCAGGGAGAAACCACAAGAGUCAUUGGAAGCAGUAAAAAGUAAAAAAGAUGCAGUCCCACAAGUUUUGUAUGAAAAUAAAGAUAUACACUGCAGUAAUGAGGAAGACACGCUCUGCCACAUCAAGAAGAUCGUCACCCAUCCCCACUUAGAACUAAGUCCGGAGUUUAAUCCGAAGAUCACGGAUUAUUACUGUGAAGUGCCCUUUGAUGUGCUCACAGUGAGGAUCGGAGCAGAGGCUUCUAACAAGUGUCAGUGCAAGGUGCACCUGCAAGAGCGGGCAGGGCCAAGUUUUGCCAACUACCCUCUGGGAUUAGGAAUGAACAGGAUCUCUGUGCUUGUGGUGGAUGAGUCUCCAGCAGAGGGUGACACAAUAACCACGUAUAAACUCACCAUCUACAGAGAAGACCGCCCGAGCCUGCCCUUCUUUGAGGACUUCACAGCAUGCGGCUUUGUACAAGAUUGUGGUUUAUUGAUUCACCCAGAAGAAACCUGUGGGUUGCAGCCUAUUUCUUCAGACUACAUUGAAGCCAUUUCGAGGCCUGAAAUAGAGAGUUGUCCAUCUGGGGACACGAAAGGUCAGUGGAUUGUGCCUUGCCUUAGUUGUUCAGACAACAGGACCUGCGACUGGAGAGAAAUAACCUGGCAACCACACAACUGCCAACACGACAUUCUAACCAAGCCAGAACUUCAGCAGUGCCUGGGAGGAAGGAAGAUUCUUUUCAUUGGAGACUCCACCAACAGAGGGAUGAUGUACUACCUCAUCGAGAGACUGAAUGAAACACUGCAGGAGGGGCAGAAAGUACAUGGCACGAAGCUCUACCCCAGGGUCAACGGUGGCAAGACACUGAUCGGUUAUUCCUACUACCCGCAGUUCUGGAGAAGCCCUUCAUCGAGACCAACAUUCGAGACAGCGCUUGAGCAUCUCCUGCAAAGAUCGCAUCCCUUAGAGAAUACUGACCAGACGGUGUUGGUUGUUGGUGGUGUUCAGUGGCUUAAUUCCAAUCACAUGCAAAUUAUUCACAAGGUUUUAAAGAGGGAAAAUUUGCUCAAUAUCCUAGUGAUCAUCAAAACCUUGGGGAUUGGAUUUCAUCUGCCGGUGGAAGGAGUGCAUUUCCUAACACAGAGUGAAGUACAGAACUUACAUAAAGAAAAUCUGCGCAUUCUGGAGGCUGCCAAGAAGCACGGCUACGAAGUAGUGGACACAUUCACUGUCACGAUGGGACGGCACAAAGAAUUUCUGCAGGGCAACUGUGGAUGCCAUUUCCACGAGGUAGUGAAAUCGAAGUUAUCCAGAGAGCACCAUAUCAUCAAGAUGAAAAGAUCCAAGAACCACAUGGUGGGGAAAUACUUCAGCAGGCAAAGCAAACUGCAGCGACAAAAUGCUGUCCCAAAUGUUCAUUCACCGUAUCAUGUCAGAGGUCCAGUAAAUCAGGUUUGCUCUGAAAUCCUGCUCAGCAGGAUGUGUGCCAGCCAGAGAUCUGCACAGGCUCCGUGACAGAGAGCUGACGUCAGAGUGAGAGACAAGUCAUUCACCUGGACAGUGGUCUGAGUAGCAAACGUGCCUCACAUGUACUUCCCGAUCACUGGAUACUCCCCAGUGCAAGCACACACAGCAAAGCACACAGCUCACAAGAGAGUAGUGACACCUUUUUUUUUUUUUUUUUUUUUUAAAUAUAAAUGUACAGUCAAAAGUGACCUUGAGCAUCUGUUAGUUUCAGGCCAAAGGACAGAGCUAGAAGAUGAUCACCUGAAAUGUGAUCACUAAGUAGGACCACGUGGACCAGACUAGGUAUUGGAUUGCAACAAAAAACAGAAGUGCAGAAAUGUAACAGCGUUGGGGUAGGGUAAUGCUGUUUGUGGGCUACCCACAACAAAGGUUCACUAAUGUAAAAAAAAAAAAAAAAAAGUCAAAGAAGCAACUGCAUUCCAUGUGCAAGGAAGAGUAGCACUUAAGGCCUCUACCCGAAGAAAAUGCGUAUUUAUGGUGAUUUGAGCUUUGUGGAUUUAAUGCAGGUGAAAACUAUUUCUUCUUAGUCUUUUAAAAUGUUGUAAUGGCAGGGAAUGAACAGGAGUGAUUCUUUACGGGGGAAUCCAAAGGGAUUCUCUGAGAGUGAGUGAUAAAAAGCAAUAUUAUACUCAAGUCUACGAUCCUGUGUUAUCCACAAACAUCCCCUACCCCAAAUGUCUGUGAGUUUAGAUGGGGUGCACAGUCUGACAAUACACAUAAUUUUAAAGUGUGGAGCCAGAUAAACUUCCCCACCUGUUACUUUGCUAUGUUUGUGGAUGCUGAAGACGUGUUCGCUUGCCUACAGACCUAUCUGAUUUAGGAAGACAGUUGCAUUUCAGAUACGUUGCAAAAGAUCGAGGGUUCUCAAAUGUAUAAGCAUAAAACAUUUCCUAUGUGUCCUCAGAUAGCACUGUGUGGCUAGGAUCUGUAUUCUUCUUUGAACAAAUAUGUUUAAUUGAAAUUAGAAUAGGCAUACAAGUAUCUUAUGAAAACUGUGGCAUAAGUAUGAAACAACCCUAAUUCUAGCUUUGAAAACUUUCUUUUGUGUCUUUUUAGGUACGAGAUGGUAAAUUUUCUUAUUAUACAAAUAGUUUGCUGUGAGAUAACUUCUCACUGCUAUAGCGGGUUUUAAAGGAUGGUUUGGGGGUGAGGAGAGGAAGCUGAGGAUAUACUCAGUAUGGAGCUGAGAUUAUUAAAUGUACAAAUACCUCAAGUUCAUUGCCAUAAAAAAAUGAAACUAUUUUGAUCUAUUGACCCAUCAAUUAUUUAGAAUGAAUAUUCACUUCCUUCAAAUACUCUAUUUUUAUAUAUAUUUUUAUAAGAACAUAAACAUGAAUUUAUAUUUAACUAUAUUAACUUAUAUUUAAGCGCAAAUACCACUUUAUAUAAACAACAUAUGCAUUUAGAAAAGGGUUUUUUGAACAUCGGUACAGAAUUAACCUAACUAUGAAAUGUCUUUAAUAUCGAUAUCUGUAUACAAACACUGUGCUUAAAUCUUCAGCUGUCCUUCCAGGACGGAAGAUGUUAGCAAUUGUCGCCAUUGCUCUGUCACGUUUUAACGCAUUGCGGACGCUCCAGCGGUGUCACAGUUAGCGCCGGCUUCUCGACUCACUGUCAGCAUGACCGGGAGAACCCUCCGACUCCAGCUAGUCUGGCGUCUUCCUCUUCACCACCCAGAUAACACUAGAUGUUAGAAACAACUGUAAUGUCUGGUCAAUAAAUGUCUUAACUGGUAAUAA